AUGGCUGGUUUAUCCACCACCGUGGGGUCUAUGUUUGUGUUUUGCGCGGAUUACGCGAACGUGAAACUUCUCGCCGGCGCGUUGGGCGUAUCCGCCGGGGUGAUGAUAUUCGUCUCUUUCGGGGAGAUAUACGGGGUGAAAGCGGUGGACGCAUUUGAGGAAAUCGAGGGGAUAGAUAGAGACGAAGCGACGAGAUACGCGACGUUUUGUUUUUUUGGAGGGAUAGCGAUUACGUACUUAUUAGAUUGGUUGGUGCAUACGAUUGCGAGAGUGCACGAGCAAAGGACGGGCGAUAAGAUGGUGAUGUCCUGUCCGGCGUGUCAAGAGGAGGAUCACGAACAUUUUGGGACGAUGGAAAGAGGUUUGGCGGAUAUUAAUAGGAAACAGAGUCAGUCGGACAUGUCGUUUGAGUUGAUGGAAGAAGAGGCGGACGCGGUGACGGCGGCGAAGCAGCAGCCGACGAUGCAAAGGAAGAAAAAUGGGAGCGUCGCGAGUACGAGUUUACACAAUCCAGAACACACGCACGGACCGGUAUCGGACGACCACGAACACCACGAACACCACGUAAGCACGCAGGAUUUGGAACAUGUAGAUUUAUCGUCCAUUCCACACACGCCUUUAGACACGCAAGAUCGCGCGGCUUUGAAGAACAUGGGUAUACUCACCGCGAUAGCCAUUGGUAUUCACAAUUUCCCGGAAGGAUUGGCCACGUUCAUCGCCGCUUUAGCCGAUGCAAAACUAGGAGGCGCUUUAGCCAUCGCCAUCGCCAUUCACAACGUUCCAGAAGGUAUAUGUGUCGCUAUGCCUGUGUACUAUGCCACAGGCUCAAAAUGGAAAGGCUUCUGGUGGUCAUUCAUCUCCGGCGUCACCGAACCUAUCGGCGGUUUAGUCGGAUAUUUGAUCUUACACGGCAACAGCAUGUCCGCGAGAGCGUACGGAACACUCUUCGGCAUCGUCGGUGGGAUGAUGGUGUACAUAUCUCUCCGAGAGUUAGUGCCAACGGCGCUCAAGUACGACCCGAAAGAUAAGUUUGUAACCAACUGUGUCUUUGCAGGCAUGCUUAUCAUGGCGGCGUCCUUGUUGCUUUUUAAAGUUUAG